AUGUCAAAGUUAUGCUCCUCGUCGAGCCUCGCCGCGAUUCUCCUCUGCUCGAACAUAUUGUUCCAUGCAGCAGUCGAGUGCGAUGCUAGGGAAGCGAGGGAGCAGGCGACCAUGGUGGAGCACAACUUUCCUUUCUUCGACGUGGACGGCUGGAGCUGCUGGGGGCUGGGGUGUCAGAACCUGAGCACCUUCGGGGCGUCGCUGGCUGGAGGGGAUGAGGGCGACGAGAUCUGGUUCUUCUCCGCGCCGAGACACUUCCUGCAGAGAGUCCGGCGAGCGACCUCUCUGUCCUUGAGGAUCUCACACCCCGAGUUCAACUCGCUCCAUCGCGAUGCUCUCUCACACUUCGACAUCGUCAUGGCGUCGACCUCCAACCUCUCCGUCGGACUGACCGGCGUGUUCGAUCCCUGGGUGCCCUUCUCUGACAUCACCAUCAACCUCGACAAGCCUGAGUCAGGAUGGCGUCAUACACAUGACGGCAGGAUAGCAGAGGGGGAGGAAACAAGGCGAGUGAUCCAGACGCUUGAUCGGCUCCUCAUCCGCGGCUCCUUCUACGCAGGCUACGAGGUGACGUCACUAGAGCACCUCCGGCUCCUCGCGCCCAGAGACCCGCUAGUUGAGAGCUCGAGCGAGUCCGUCCAGUUGGCGCCAGCGGGAGCAGACGCGAGGGACGUUCGCUUCUUCAGCGAGGACCACGCUAUCUUCUCCGAUCGCCUGCUGCACGUGCAACACGAAAGCAAAGAGCAGAAGAAAUCCGAACAGCAGGAGGAGCAGGAGGAGCAGGAGGAGCAGGAGGAGCAGGAGGAGCAGGAGGGUCAUGGUGCAAGUGAAGCGGCUGAAGCAGCGCUCGUAGAGGUUGAGCGAGAGCUUCUUGGGAAGUUGGAGCAGCCGCGUAGGAUAGAGAUCGAAGUGAGAGAGCCGAUGCACUUCGAGUACAUCGCCACAGCCAACAUCGAGGAGGAGGAGGGGAAGGCGUCAGCGGAGAGCAGCGUCGACUCUGAUUCCAUCCCUUCCUUCCUCGCGCAAUCGACAGACGCGGACAAGGUUGAAGUCAGCGCGUCGCAUCGAGACCAAGAGGACGUGAUAAGGACAGAUCAGUGCCAGCAGAUGAAACGUCGCUACGAGAUCCAGCCGUGCGUCUCCUGGGGGACAGCCGUGUACCUAUCUGACGUGCAGGAGGUCUGGUCACAGCUGGAUUGUGACACAGAGCUCGGGUUCAAGUGCGUGUUCUCACAAGGCAAGGAAGGGGAGGAGAAGGAGGAGGAAGAGGAGGAGGAGAAAGAAUUGCUCGUGGAGGCGGAGAAAGCCUUGAGCUUCGCUCGCUUCGGUUCUCAUUCUGCCACAUACGCGAGCGCUGCUGCAGCCUUCGAGGCAGCUGCUGGCAAGUUGUCAAACGCUUUCAAGCUGGGGAGUGCGCGGGCCGCAUACCUACUGGCUGAGAUGAAAGAGUUUCAAGAAAUCGAGGCUGCUGACGUCACCUACCAGCUGGCAGCCAGCAUGGGAAGCCGCGACGCCAAGUUUGUGCUUGGAGUCAAGCAGGCGCUUCAAGUGACGGCAUGGCAAAGGAACUGCAGCACCGAGCAGAGCUGGAAGGAAGAGCAUGUUUCCAUCCUGGCUACGGAGAGCGAGACUUGGCUGCACGACGCUGCUCAGAGAGGAAGUGAGCUGGCGCUGCUGGCGAUGGGUUACAGGCACUAUGAGAGCUCCGGGGCAGGAAGUCUCCUGGCGCAGAAGGACGAGGAGCUUUGCAGCCGAGCCUUCCACUGGUAUCGCGCCGCUGCUGACUUGGCGUCAAAGGCCAUCGAGAAACACGGAGGGAGCGACGCUGAGGGGGAGCAAGUGAGGCUAUCGGAGGUGGAAUGGGAUCCAGCCAAGGACGAAAGGGAGGACGAUGCUCAGCUGCAGUUCCUGCAGCACAAGGCGGACAAAGGAGGAGGGAAGGAGGCUGUUGAGGCUCAGAUUCAGUUUGCGAUCAGAAAGUUCCAUGGGAUCAAAGGAUCCGAGCGCGACUUGGAGCAGGGCGCGAAGCCGAGGACGGGCUUGCUCUCGCUAAUCACGGCCAUUGCACUCGGAGAACCUGGAGGCUACGUAGGGCUGGGCUACAUCCACUACUAUGGUCUAGGAAGUGCUGAACAGAACUACAGCAAGGCCUACGAGUUCUACAAGAAAGCCGCCGAAAGGAACGACGUGCAGGCGCUGUUCAACAUGGGGGAGAUGCUUCGAGGAGGGCAAGGAGUCGAACGGAACCGCACGGAAGCCUUUAGAUGCUUUCACGCCUCCGCCAUGCGGGGUCACUUCAAGGCGAUGUACAUGCUGGGUCAAAGCUACUGGUUCGGAUGGGGUACUGAGAGGAGCUGCUUCGACGCAGCUUUCCUCAUGAAGCUCGUAGCUGAACGAGGGCCAUGGGCUGACGUCCUCAAGAACGCAUACACCUUGUUCAAGCGGAGGAAGUACGCCAACGCGUUCAAGCUGUAUCUGCGAGCAGCGCAAGUCGGUUUCGAGGUGGCGCAGUGUAACGCAGCUUGGAUGAUCCUCAAGGGGCUGGCGCGAGUUGAGCAGCCGGAGACGAGGGGCGACGUCAACUGCAGCAGGAGCUUUGCCGUCGCUCUGCUCGAGAAGGCGUCGAUGCAGGGAAGCGGCGAAGCUUCAGGUCCCUUCCGUCGCUUCCCUGGCGAGCGAGUGAAGUUGCUGACAGUGUGGCUGGGGGACAUGGCGAUGGAGGAGAAGCGAUACGAGUCAGCCACAAGACUCUAUGAGAAGGCGCUGACACAGCAUGACUCUUACAUGGCCCGGGCUGCCAUCGCGCUUGGUCAGAUGUACGAACGGGGGUUAGGAGUGGCGGCGGACGAGCAGCGAGCUCUGAGCUUCUACCGGCUUGCUCGCCAUCUGGGAGGGGAGGGAGAGGUGGCUGCGGUGGCUGCAGAGACGAUGAUGGAGGUGAAGACAUCAUGGAAGACGCUAGUCGAAGGCAUCAAGGUGAAGCUCGACGGCUGCUGCUCACGCGAUGAAAGUCUUGCUCAGGGAGCAUGGGCCUACGUCAGCGACUCGUUGUGGCCCCGAUCAAAGUGA